AUGGCUUCAUAUCUGUCUUUGGUGGAGAUUCCCACCGUUCGAAGUCUGUUUCAAGCGAAACAAUUACUUCCUGUGCCUUCGCAGUUUGCACCAUCAAAGACUCUCAACAACACCAUCUCCAUAAUUCGCAAUGAUAUCACCAAGCUGAAAGUCGACUGCAUCGUGAAUGCAGCAAAUGGGUCUCUACUCGGUGGCGGAGGCGUGGAUGGAGCGAUUCAUCGCGCUGCGGGACCCGAGCUGGUCAGGGAAUGCCGUGAACUUGACGGAUGUGACACAGGCGAUGCCAAGAUUACUUCUGCAUACGAACUGCCUUGCAGGAGCGUCAUCCACACCGUUGGACCGAUUUAUUUUAUCGAAUUUCGUGAGGAUCCCCGUCGUCCUGAGCAGCUACUUCGCUCCUGCUACCGACGCAGUUUGGAAGAGGCUGUUGCCAACAACAUGAGGAGUAUUGCUUUUCCUGCCAUCAGUACCGGUGUCUACGGCUACCCCAGUGACAAGGCUGCUAGAGCAGUCCUUGAUGAGACUCGCAUUUUCCUUGAGAAGCCUGUUAACAUUGGAAAGCUGGAACGUGUGGUUUUCUGCAACUUCGAGCAAAAGGAUGUGCAGGCCUACAAACAGCUGACUCCGUGA